AGUUGUUCCAGCUGAUAAUUCCUGCCUGUUCACAAGUGUUAGGUGAGUCAGUUGCUCUGAUAGCUUUUGAUUUGAUUGCAACAUUCAAUUUGAUCAGUAAUUUUUUGCAAUGAGCAAACCAUGGGCAAGAGAAAGCUAAGGAUAACUGAAACCCAUGAACAUUUUCAUCUGUACACUGGCUUCAUGUAUUGUGCCAGUUUAGAUAACCACUGCCAGAAAUAACAGAAAGUUAAGCAAGAGGUUAUUCAUGAACAUGUAUGAAAUAUGUGUCUUGACUGGCUUGCAAAAAUAUUGUGCUGCUAGCAUCAAUUGUGUUAAAAGUAUCUUUUACAAUGAAAGAGAAAAUAAAAGAUUGCUAUAAAGAUGUUAAAUUCAGCUAUCACACUGCUCAAGCAUUUGAUUAAGAGGACUUCUAAAUUUUAAUCUUUGGUUUGGAUGUGCAUUUUGUAGCAUACUUGUAUUCACUUUAAAAUAAGAGAUCAUUUUUGUUUCCUGGACAGUAGGUGUUCUGACCCCUCUCUAUGUUGCAUUUUUUAUAGUUAUGUUAUGGUGGGUGACUCCUCCUGUUCUGCUGAAUUAAGAAAGCUCAUUGCACAGUGUGUUUCAAAUGAUCCUUUGACGUUCAAUACUGCUUUCCUUGGCCAAGAUAACUCAGAUUACUGCAACUGGAUAUUGAAUAAAGACAAUUGGGGAGGUAUAGUAGUCUUAAGCUGGUAACACAGGUGCUAGGUGUGCCUAGAUGUGCAAUUAUUGUUUUUCUACUGAUCACUGUGAUUGCAGCAGAAAAUCGGUGAUAUCUGACAUGUCAGAUAUUGCCAAUUUUCUUGGUGGUCAAAUUUUCUGCGACCAGUGAUUUAAAUCGCCAGGUAUGUCACCAGCUUUAAGUUUACCUUACUGUAAAUGCUAUAGAAGAAUGUUUUGUUCUUUAAAUCUACAAUCGUAAUGAAAAAGAUUUAAAGCUUCUAGAUACUUUUUUUUCUGGCUUCCUUUUAUUCAUCUCCAUUGAUCUACUUAAACAACAUGCAACACACUCAAGGAUUUUUUUUUUUAAAUCCUUCUUUAGGAGCAAUUGAGCUUUCAAUUCUGAGUAAGCACUACCAAACAGAGAUUGCUGUUGUUGAUAUUGAGACUGGGAGAGUUGACAGAUAUGGUAAAAAUCACUUUUAUAUCUGCACGAUUAGGGUAGUCUUACUGUGUGGUGAAAGGGGUUAAGAAGGGUUUCUGAAGUGAAUAAAGAUGCACUCCCCCCCCUCCUGAAAAUUGUUUGAGUUGUUAUCAUUUUUUGGGGACAGCAUGAAUGAAUGAUUUCACUUUAAACCUUUAACUCCUAGGAGUGAAUAACGCCUAAUUUCUCCUAACAACAUCACCCCAGAAUCAAACAUUAAGGUCAGGAGAAUAGAGGAGAUGAUCAUCAACUGAAGAAGCUCUUGAUUGUUGAACAAAUUCUCCUUGUCAGAACCCUAGGAAAAUUUUGUCUAGGGAGUAGUAUGGAGAAUAUGCAUACUGAUGUUAGAGAGUAAGGGGUUAAGUGAUCCCAAUGUUUCUUAAUCCUCUGAAACCCACAUUAAUUGCUAACAUGUUUGAAAGUCGGGCUAGAAUCGUUUGCUUGUUUUUCUAUAAACAGUUUUCCAGAGGCUUAAAAAGAGGAAUCCAUUGGGUCAGUUAGGACAACUAGAUUAUCCUAGGCUGUCAGGCGGUUGCCCUUUAGGCAAAGCCUUAAGCAAGCAAGAUUACAAUCCACGCCCAGAACGCAAACUGGAAUUCACUCAGCUAUUUAUGCAAAUCAGAGUGUUUUUAUCAACAAUCAUACAUAGAACUUUCUUGAACUCAGUGAGAUUUUUCAGCAAAUAUUGCAGUCCAAGUUGUAAUUUUUACUUGCCAAAAUAAAGCUUAUGAGAUGUUGAUAACUGAGCUUCAUAACCAAACUUGCUUUCUAGGGGAAGGCAUUGGCUACAGCAAAUGUGUUUAUCUGAUCUAUGAUGGCAUUCAUUAUGAUCCUCUCGCUGUACAAAGUUCUGACCGUACAAAAGAACCUCUUCAGACUGUUUUUCCUGUUGGAGACGACAUGCGACUAGCUGAAGCUCUUGAAAUUGCUGCAGGGGCUAAACAGGUUAGAAUAAUAGAUAGUAAUAGGUAGUAUAAUAGUCAGAAUAUAGAAUAGCUUUAUUUUUAUUCAGAGGUUUGUAUUAAGAAGAGUUCAGAUCUCUCUGAAUUAUUAAUUCUUGUCCGCCAAAAUGGCUGCCUUUUUCGGUACUCCGUAGCAUCCUCGAUAAGAUCGAAUUGUAAAUGUCUCUUGCUCGUAGAUCAAAAUUACUUUUGCGUUUAUCUCUCUGUUUUGAGGAGAUUGAAUAUAUGUUUAAAGUUUUCACGACGUCAAAGAGCCUGUAAGCCUUAGGUACACUUGGUGCACUUGCGCGCAUUCGAGAGUGGAUCCACCUUCUUCAGCUUUUGGCUCCGUUUACACAUUCCCUCUCUUUCAAUCAUUUUUAAUGUUUCUACUGCAUGGAAACGGAUGCUCAUUAGCCGCUCGGCAUCAAACACGCGUUUUUGCACCUACAUCUGAACUUCUUCCUUCCAGAAACGCCAAUUCACGAACCUAUCUCAGUUUUCUAUCCGCUGCCUCGUCUGUGAAACACUGCUUGCUGGGCAACAAGCGGCUCAACAUCACGCAGUUACCACAGGUCAUACGAACUUUGGAGAAGUGUGAACAGGCCUUGAGGUUUGGUGGUUUGGAAUUUUUCCAGUUCCUCCUGGAUUCCGAAUACGGACGGAUAAAGGCUGGGCGUGGCGUAUUCCUGAGCGCGCUAAAAUGUGGUUACCCAUCAGAAGUGGUGUUUAAGUGCAUUCACGAGAAAUGCUACGUCUGACCACGGAGUGAACGAAGUCUAAACGCAAAAUGAACGCAGUCCGCAGCUGAAACUCCAAUUUUGCGAAUACUUGCUUAAAGAACUGGAAAUGUGAUUUGAAGAGCUUUUAUCAUUUCCAAGUGUUAAGUUUGCCGUGGAAACUAACUGAAAAACGAUACGUUAGGAUAUAAAAACUUGAAAAAAAUAUUAUUUUUGUUGAAUGUGAAUUUAAAUGAAUUAUUUAUUCAAGUCUUGAAAUCGUCAAUAUUUGACUAAUCAGAUUUAUUCUCAAUUUGAAAUAGUUCCAAGUGUCGUAACUAUUCAAUCUAAAACAAUUGAAUGGUUCUUUUAUUUCAAUCCUUUUUGAAGAUUUAGAUAGCAGUACUUUCGUAAUUGCCAGUCAAGUAACUCAUCUGAAGAACUAUUUUCGAUGGAUGAACAACACUAAUGGCAGAUCGAUUGAAAUCUGUCAACCAUCAAAGACGUAUUCGGAAAGGGGAGCUGGCUUAAAGUUGUUCAGUGAUUUUGACUGUAGGGUUAGGAUCCCCGUUAUUAAGCACCGUUUUUUCCCUCAGGAAGUACGUGCGCCAUAAUUGGUCAAUUUAGCGGGCCGUAUUUAACUGCAAGGCCCACUUAAUUCAAAAGAUUGUUUCUAUUGAAAACUUCCCUUUUUAAUUGAAGAUUUGAUAACUAUCUUACUAACCUCGUCUUCACGGCCCAUACAGUAAGUCACAGAACCUUGUUUUAAGGCCCGCACGCUACGCACUCACGCCUUGAAAUCCUCACUAGCAGAAAAAGCUCGUUCCUUAGAAAACGAGGUCAAUAAGAGGUAAAUGAAAGAAAUUAAAACAGAACAAACAAGAGAAGCUUUAGUUCGAUCC